AUGGCCAGUCCAGUAGCAAGCUCAUCGACCACUCCUCCUCCGCGGAUACUGUCAGGUUUUAUACCGGGCCUCUUAGACCCAUCGCAACGCACUCGCCUGUUGAGGGGGUCUAACGGACAACUUAUUUUCGCGACGCACGAUGCUCGCGCUGCUUCUGCAUACUUUGACGUCGACGAUGUACGCAAGAUAAACAUUAACGAUACCCCUCUUCGUCCAAAGAGGAUUGUAAUUGAAAUCAGCUCGAGUGGAUACUGUCGUUGGCGUUUCGUGCCCAAAGCGCGUCUGGAGGACGGUGUUGUAGAUGAGGGGACGUGGCCUCGCGUUGUAGACAUUUGCGGCGAGCUCUACGAGCUGUCCCACGACCAAUGGGAUAUAUACAAGCUGGAUCCAGAGUACGACUGUUACGUGCCCGCGUCACCAGGAAUACCGAUGAUAACGCGAAAGCCACCAAUUCGCGAACCUACUGCCAUUCCUCCGACCCCGGAGAAGCAGAACGGAAAACGCAGAUCAUCACCCUCUUCGGAACGUCUAUCGAAGAGAGCAUUCGUAGAAGAGGCCGAGUCUUCGUCUGAAAACGAGGAUGACAUGGUUGUAGAUGACCCUCCUCCCCCGCCUCGUCGCUCGCGCUCUCGAUCCGCCUCAGCCGGUGCUAGGAACCCUGGGGUGGAACGUCUGCGCAAGAUGAUUCAAGAAAACAGGAAGGUUAGGAGAGAGAAGACCGAUCACCGAACAGAGAAGUUGUCCCACUUGCAAAACUUGACUGAUAUCCCCGUCCCGACGACUCCGUCGCCCAAACGUUCCACUACUGCACCACCUUCGGAAACCAAGGCGAAGAGAAAAGUCGAAUUCUUAUAUAACUCCAUCCGAGCAACCCGAGAAGACCCAGACUACACUGAACCAUUGGAGGAAGACCGCAACGCGUACAACUAUGCAACAAACGUGAAUUCGAAGCGUACUCGAACGGUGUCCCCUGUCGCUGCCAAGCGAAAGCUAGAAAUGAAACGUCUAGAUAGGGAGAAGGCGAAGAGGGAGCGUCGGGAGGCCGAACUUGAGCAGAGACGGCGAGCCAGAGAUCAGGAAAUCAUGGAAUCUGUCAUGGCCGACAUCCAGGAUCCCCCAGCUACAAAUGGUACACACCACGAGAACGGGCAUAGAGAACAAGACGAAGCCGCUGACGAAGAAGACAGUAUCGAUGACGAGGAAGUUGCGAGGCUAGCAUCUAUAGAAGAAUCUCGGCGGAAACUGGCUGAGCUCGAGGCAGAUCGUCCGCUCUGGGAGGCAGAGGCCAGACGCAAGCAACAAGAGCAAGCACAAGCAGAGGAAGAACGGCGACUUGCAGAGGCCCGAAGACGAGCCGCGGAGGCUAAGAGAGCAGAGGAGGAGCAAAAGGCUAGGGCUCAGAGGGAGGCAGAGGAAAGGAGACAGGAAGAGGCCCUGAGACGCCGACGAGCGGAGGCAGAGGCUCGACAAGAGCGAGAAAGACGACAGCGGCAGCAACGAUGGUCGGCAGGCCCCUGGACCGUUCAACGAGCUUUGGAGCGCUGCAAGGUGCUUAGCGAUGCCUUCGACGAAGCUAAAUACUCCCGCAGCUCUCCCCUCACAUUCGAAGAUAUCCCAUGGCCUGUUCUUCAUCCACCCAUGUCAUUUAAAGCCGAGGACAUCGAAUGGCAAGAUGUCGAGAAAUUCUUCCAUCAAGUAAAGCUUCACAUGAAGCCCCAAGACUACAAACCCUUCGUUGUGAAAUGCCACAGGCGCUUCCACCCCGAUCGAUGGCGUUCUCGUGGCCUUCUCAACAGCAUUGAAGACGAGACGGACCGAAACUGCCUGGAGGUCGCGGCUAACACCGUUGCGCAAGCUGUGACGCCCCUCUGGCGCGAACUGAAGUAA